AUGGCUGCGAGCAAUCCCGCCACGAGCACCGCGCCCCCGAGCUUCCUCCCAGCCGGUCCUACGCCCGACCCGGCCGUGGUAGACGUCGCCAGGCCCGUCGUCGCCGUCGCUGCAGUCGUGACCUUUGUCGUGGCCUCCACCGCCGAUGUCGCUGUCGUUGUCGGGACACUCGGACUCAAGGUACUCGAGGCCGUCGCCGUCUCCUCAUCAUCGGUCACCACCGUCGUCUUCACCGCCGUUGCCUUGAUCUUGGACGGGGACGGAGACGACCCGCCCAGCGUCGUCGUGGACGGUAGACUCGCCGUGCUCCGCGGCAGACUCGACGUCGUCGGCGCCGUCGCCGUCGCGCCCCCGGCGCUCGUGGUCCCGUUGAUCCGACACUGGCCGUUCCCCGCACACGUCUGCCCCGCGAAGCAGUAG